CGGCAAAGACGUCGUUCGGAGGUUCCCAGCUAGGUUCCUCAAAAUGUAAACACAACAGUUGAAAGUAUGUAGCAGCAUUGUGUGCUUAAUGGGAAAUUGCACAGCAUUCGUAGCUACGAGAGACUACAAACAAGAUUUCUCUGUCACUCAACUCCCGUUGUGAUGGGUUCUUCACGGUGGUCAAAAUGGAAAAAGGGAACGACGAGGUUGAGAAAUUGAAGUCAAAAUUUGUGUCUGCUUGGCACAAUGUGAAAUACAGCUGGGCGCUGAAGUCUAAAACCUCAUUUAGCAGAAAUUCUCCUGUGUUCCUCCUUGGGAAGUGCUAUCAUUUUAAAGUUGAAGAUGAAGAAAGCCCGACAGACGACAGUAAUGUUCAGUCCACUGAGAAUGAGAUUGUCACGGGAGAUGUGGAAGCCUUCCGGAAGGACUUUGCCUCCCGGGUGUGGCUUACAUAUAGGGAAGACUUUCCUGCUCUCUUUGGUUCUGCCCUUACGUCAGACUGUGGCUGGGGUUGCACCUUGAGAGCAGGCCAGAUGAUGCUCGCUCAGGGCCUGAUCAAUCACUUCCUGGGACGAGACUGGACCUGGUCGGAGGCUCUGUCCCUCCAGCGUCUGGACGCCGAGACGUGGACCAGCACUGCGGCGCGGAAGCUGGUGGCCUCUCUGGAGGCGUCUCUGCCGGGAGACAGACCCGUGGCCCCCCAGCCUCUCCCCCAGCCCCAGGGUGGGGCGGAGGAGGCCCACACCCACCUGAGGGAGGUGUACCACCGAACUGUGGUGUCCUGGUUCGGGGACGGCCCGGGCGCCCAGCUGGGCGUGCACAGGCUGGUGGAGCUGGGCAGGACCUCAGGGAAGCGGGCCGGCGACUGGUACGGCCCAGGGGUGGUGGCACACAUCUUCAGGAAAGCUGUGGAGGAGGCCAUGGAUCCCGACCUGGCAGGCGUCAGUGUGUAUGUGGCUCAGGAUUGCACAGUCUACAAUGCCGAUGUGAUCGACAGCCACGCACCUCGGUCAGGGGCCCCCCCAAAGCUGGCCGGGGGGGUGGCCAUGGACACCAGGGCGGUCAUUAUCCUCAUCCCCAUACGCCUUGGUGGAGAGAAGAUCAACCCUGACUACUUCAAUUUUGUCAAGGGCAUCCUCAGUCUGGACUACUGCAUGGGCAUCAUAGGGGGGAAGCCUAAGCAGGCCUACUACUUUGUGGGAUUUCAAGAUGACAGCUUGAUUUACAUGGACCCUCAUUACUGUCAGUCUUUUGUGGACGUCAGCACGAGCGAUUUCCCUCUCCAGUCAUAUCAUUGUCCGUCACCAAAGAAGAUGCCUUUCAACAAAAUGGACCCCAGCUGCACCAUAGGCUUCUACUCCAGAACUGUUGAGGACUAUAACCGAAUCAGCACCGAGUUGGCAAAGGUCCUGAAGCCCUCAGCCAAGGAGAAGUACCCGGCGUUCACCUUUGUGAACGGGCACGGGCGAGACUACGAGCUGGCGGGCCCCAUGGAGAAGAAAGAGUGGCCCUUCAUCAGGGACACCAGGCGGCUUGGGGCCACUGCUGGGGACUUUGUGAUGCUCUGAGUGAGGGGCCUACACACACACACACACACACACACACACACACACACACACACAGAGGGUGUUGCAAUGCAACUAUGGUCUUUGUUUAGCUUUAAGCAAAUGGACUAAAUACUAUUAUCAUAUCUUGACCCCUCAGCAAACACACACACACACACGCACACACACGCGCACACACACUCUCAUACUCGGACUUGGACACGGUCUUGUACUUGGACAUUAAGAGCAAGGACCACAGAAUUCAGACAGCAUCCUGAGUUUAGGACCUACCAGCACACAGCAACACACACUCGCUCUUCUGCACACACACACUCACACACACACACACACACACACACUUACACUGACGUUUAGACAUUAACUCACAAACUCAUAUCCUCGCUUGCAUUCCCUGCAUAUGUCCAGCACAUUUCUCAACAAACAAUAAUGUAUUAGAUGGAGCUGAAUUUGUAUUUUAAAUGUUUUUGUUGUUGGACUGUUCUGGUGUUUAAAGAAAACUGUUUUGUGGCCAUAUUUCAAGCCUACUCUCGGUACAGAGAGACCAAGGAGACUUGGGGGCAUAUGAAGAGGGGAGGAAAGUAUUGACAUCUCCCUGAACCGAAAGCCUUUCUUUUUUUCGUCUGGACAGGUGCCUUGGCUGAACAGUAAGAGAAGUGCUUUACCAAAUCCAUAGUCUCUUGAAACGGUGCUGGUGCUGCUGUUGAAAUGCACAUAGCAACUCUGGCACAAGGCCUUCCAGUGCUGUAGACUAGUAGGGAAUAGGAUGUGCCUCUGUCCCUAUAACACAAUGUGCUCUGUAAAGAAAUGCAGCUCAUUGAAUAUACCGGUUGCCAGAGUAAGGCCAUAGUCAAUUCAUAUUGGUCUGUGAUGAAACACCUACAAGGUCUUGUUGAAUUGCAGAUUGGUACAGUAUUACUACUCUGCCAGUUUCUGGUGGCAUAUGCAGUACAUUUGUGUGUGUUUGGUGUCCUUUUGUGUUGCCUCAGUGCUAUCCUGCUGUUGUAAAAUGUUGAGCGUACAAGACUGUGUUUGUAAACAAACAAAUAGGUUUCUUUUUCAUACUUGUUUUGAUAUAGAAGGAGUCAUAUUUGUUUCGUUAAAGCAGAGUUGUUGUCAGUUAGCUUUACAAAUCAAGAGUAGUACAGUAGUUGAUAUAUUUAAUUUCUACAAAAUCUUGUACAUUUUGUAACAUUUCAGUUGACAAUAGAAAUAUGUUGCUUUUACAGUUUUCAACCUAUUUUUGUGAAACCCCAAAGUUCUUUAAAUGAAUUUCUUUUUUUAACACUAGAUUCCUCACAGAUCACAGAAUAUAUUUGAUUUACUAACUUUAUAGCUCUGGUUCAUUAACACGUUGUGUUAUUAUGGUACAUGAAUGAUGUCCACUGAUAACGAGCCCUCUAAGGUUCUAAGAAUGUGUGCCUCUAGCACUCAAAUGUUAUUGUAAGUUACAACUGAUACUAAUCAGGCAGUUCAUCCCUCUGCUUCGCCAUAAUAGACUUUGUCUGUUAUACAAUAAUUUCACAAAUAAAAUUAAAUGUACAAGUUU